CCGAAAAAAUUGCCAACAGCCAUUAUAAGCAAUAAAUAACCAGCAACCAUGUACGUGCAUACAUAGGAUGGUGAACUGGAUACAAGUGCUUAGAAAACACUUGGUAGCCCGUCUGGCGACAAACGCCGGCCUCCGGCAGCACGCCGUUGCCGUCGAUGACGCAGGCACUGUCAUAAACUUCUGGCUGCCCAUGCCCGAUAAUGACGAUGCACCGGACAGGAAGCAGAAGCAGCGGAAGAAGCACCAGGCCGUGGUGCUCGUGCACGGCUUCGCCGGCGACGGCAUUAUGACGUGGGUGCUCCAGGUGAGCGCCCUCGCCAAUCGUGGCUACGACGUGUACGUCCCCGACCUGGUGCACUUCGGCGGCUCCACAUCGCCGUUGCCAGACCGCUCCGUGGCCUUCCAGGCACGGUGCCUUGCGGCGGCUCUACGGAAGCUUGGAGUCGGUACGGCCGACGUGGUGGGCUGGAGCUACGGCGGGUUCGUAGCAUUCGAGCUGGCGGCCGUGCAUCCGGACCUGGUCCGCUCCGUCGUCGCCUCCGGCAGCACCGUCAAGUACACUAGCGCCAUGAGGGAUGACUUGCUGAGGAGGCUCGGCUGGGCCCAAUCGCUGACGGAGCUCUUGGUGCCGGAGUCGGCUGGCCAGCUCAGGUUGCUGUUCUCCAACGCCAUGCACAUGAAACUGUGGUUUCCGGAUCGGCUUCUCAAGGACUUUCUUAAGGUGAUGUAUGUCAACCGAAAGGAGAGAGCUGAGAUGAUAGAAGAUAUAGUCGUCGGGGACACACUCCAACCAGUAUUUCAUCAGAGCAUACUCCUGUUGUGGGGUGAAAAUGACAACAUGUGGCCCAUAGAGGAUGCUGAGUGUCUGAAACACAAGCUAGGCGAGAAGGCGAACCUGCGACGCAUAAGCAAAGCAGGGCAUCUUGUACAACUGGAGAGGCCAUGUGUCUUCAACCGCAACCUCAUAGAGUUCCUGGCUCAUGGCAACACACGCUCCUCUUGACUCUUGAGUGCGUCAUGGAUCAUCAUGAUCGCACCUAAAAGAUAUGUCAAACUCAUUGAUCAUCAUAGGGUGCAUUUACCAGAUGUCCUGACAUGAUAAAUAUUUGUAUGUAUACCCCAGUCUAUACUCAUGUAUCUAUACCUACUAUUAAAGGGAGGUAAUAUUUUUGGUUU